AUACUUACAAAACCAAAAUAGCUCAAAAAUGUUAUCGUUGUCUCCAACUAUCGGAGUAGUAGAGACGGUAGAGCUCAAACUCGUUCUUCUUGACGGCCAGAGCUGAAAGCCCAUCCCACUCUCAGAGAAGACGUUAUAGAAUGUAUGAGUGUUGGUGGUAGGGGAAGGUGGGUCGGGUUGUGAGCUGUUCGAGGACCUGGCUCUGUCUGGUUUUGGGAACUGGAAGUAGAUUGGAUAACAUAGAGGAAAUGAUCUUCAGUUGUGAAAUUGCAAACCUACAUCUCUCACUUUGCAAAUCGCAAUUCUUACCUUGGUAAUAAGAGAUAAACAGUUGGUCUGUGUCACUGUUAUCAUGAUUGGAGAAAAUUUCUUUCUGUUGCAUAGAGAAGGAAAGAUGGCUUUCGCUUAGGCUGUUAAGGGAAUACUUGCUAAAGUUACUUUGCUUGCAUCAGAACAAUUCAGUCUUGCCUGAGGAUUCUUGGAGAAUCCUUGUUUCUGGAUGGGAAAGUGUUACAUGAUGCUGAAAAGAAACCAUAAGAUGGAGUGAGGCAUUGGAAGAUUGGGCUAGUAAACUUGGCAUUGCCGAAGAUGCUAAUAAUGUCUUAGAUGAAUUCCGAUAUGAAGGUUUUCAGAGACAAGUACAAAACCAGAUGAAGAAGAUGUUACUUGACUUCAUGAAAAAUAAGUGUGUAUGUAUGACUUUUCACUUCAAUACAAUUUUAAGACGGAUCCUAGGAUUACUUAACCCAGCAAAAGCAGGAGUAGAUUAUUUACAGUCAUUGCUUCAGCACCUUCAAUUACAGUUGACUGGUUUUCCCAUACUUGAGGAGGUUUGGAAUGAUGAUACUCAAUAUUAAAACAAUUUGAAGAGUUGUUAGUCAAUACUCUUGAAAACAGUUUUGUUAGUCUAUAGGUGUUGAUUUGAAAACAGUCAACUGAUGAAUGUUGGUCCAUCUUGAAGGAUAAAGCACUCCCAAGUGGUAGUAGUGCUCUGAUAGAUCCAGAUCAAUUGGAUAUUGAAAGGUUGAUUGCUGAAAAGUGUGCUGGUUUACCAUCAGUGGCAAAGAAGGAUCCCUAUGAGCUUUGUGUGGCUUACAUAUGGGGCUGAUACUGAGGAGUUGUUGAUUUCUAUAACCUGCAGAUAUUGAGAAUGUACAUACAGUACUAGAAAUCUAAAGAAGUUCCCAGUGGAAGUGCAAAGAUUAAUCAACUUGAGACAUCAGUUUUGAUAAAGAAAUAAAGUGGAAGCUCCAGCUGCAGUAUUGGUGCAACUGACUCAUCUCUAGAAUUUACUGAUUUGGCUUGCUUGAACUGAUUGAAGGGAGAUGCAUAAUCCGGAACAUACAUGUAAGAUGGGUCGCUGUUUGAUCACACCGGGUAUAUGACACCUCGACCAAAUUAUUCCAGCUUCUUUUCCCUGCUUCUGCUCGCAUGCAAUCUUUUUCCUCUUAUAGCAGUUAGAUUACUUAUGAAAAAUUUAUAGUGCUUUAGAGUAUUCAUCAGAAGCUGUUAGAUUAAUCACUAUUUACUGGGUGUCACACACAAUAUGCUGAUGGUUAUGUUCCCCGUUUCCGCCUCCAAAAGAGCAAUAUAGGACACUCUAAUUACUUUAUAGCUAAAUUAUUUAACCAUCAAGCACAUGUAACCUCUAAAUUUGAUUAAUGCAAUCACAAAAAUUGCCUAAUAUGAAAUAUUGAAACCGUUUUGGACACUUGAAGCCCCAAGUUUGGUCUGCUUGCAUCUUUUCAUAUCAAGUUUGGUCUCCAAUGGAUGCCAAUAUUGGAGGGCGGGCUUUAGAGGCCAAUAAUUUGACAUAUUUGGAUGAUAGUAAGCUCUAUAUACUUUAAUUUCUAAUGGGUUUAGGGUGUAGGGUUUAGGGCUGGGUCCCGACUGUCUGAAGACUCCGAACUAGGCCACAAGAAAGUGUUGUCGAUUCAAUUGUGGCUUCUCCGCCAUUAUCUCCUCUUGUCCACAAAAGUUUCAAUCAUGCUUGAAGGAAUCUCAGCGGGCUCCAUAAUUUUUCAAAGCUACGCUGGCAUGAGUUAGUGCCCAGCUUUCAUAAAGCCAACCAUACCCAGCAUCUAUUUCCAUCAACAAUCCAUUAUUGACCGGCUAUAGCUGUUACAAGAACAAGAGCCUACAUAGAAGACUCUCUGCCCUGAGAUUAACAGCGAUUUUGAAAACCCCGGAAAGAUGUUUGUACUCUCUCUCCUUGAAUGCGCUGCCGGAGAAGUGGUGAGUAAUGUGACUUCACUCGCUACUGAUCAAUUGAGACUCGAUAUCGUCUGGGGGUUUCGCAAAGAGAUAAAUAAGCUCAAAGAAUCCUCAACUCUGAUUGGAGAUAUAAUCCAUGAUGCUUCUCAUGAACCUGAAGAUCGGGAACUGCGGGCAAGGGCCAAUUGGAUGAAGAGGCUUACAAGCGUAGCUUAUAAUGCAGACGAUAUUCUGGAUGAAAUAGAAUAUGAAGUUCAUCGGAUCGUUAUAAAGGAGACAAGCCUGGAUCAGAAGAUACUCGGCUUCUUCUGCAACAAUCCUGUUGUAUUUCGUCUCAAGAUGGCACGCAAGAUUUACAACAUCAACACAUCCUUGGAUGAUCUCUACAAGAAAGCAGCUGGCGUGGGACUCGGCAUGACAAGGAGAUCAAAUGGAGGUGCAGCAGCAAGCAAAGAUCAGCGGGAAACAACCUCAUUGGUUGAGAAAAAUGAAUUCACCUUCAAAGAUGCAAUCAUUGUUGGAAGGGUUGAGGUGGUGUCAAAUAUAAUUGCAACCUUGACCAACUCCAAAAUCAAGAAAAGAUUCUUUCGGUGAUGGCCAUUGUGGGAUUGGGAGGCCUAGAUAAAACAACUUUGGCUCGCUCAAUUACCAAGCAACUGAAAGAAGGUGAAAUGGAAAAAUACUUUGAUGCAACAUUAUGGGUGUAUGUAUCCAAUACUUUUGAUGUCAAUUCAAUUUUACAUGGAAUGGUGCAAUCAUGUGGCGUGACGGGAAUAGACUCUUCAAAUCAGCAAGCAUUGAUGGAAAGCCUCCAGCAGAAGUUGAAAGAGAAAAGGUAUUUUCUUGUACUUGAUGACGUUUGGAAUGAGAAUGCUAACAAUUGGGAUGAUUUGAAGCAUUGUCUGUUGCAACUAAAUUCUGCUAAAGGAAGCUUUGUGAUUGUCACCACCCGUAGUGCCAAGGUAGCAUCAAUCAUGGAAACACUUCCUAGGUGCGAUCUAGGGACUCUAUCGGAUGAUGAAUGUUGGUCCAUAUUGAAGGAUAGAGCAUUUGCAGAUGCUAAUGCUCCGAUACCUUCAGAACUAGAGGAAAUCGGAAGGGACAUUGCCAAAAAGUGUGCUGGUCUUCCAUUGCCGGCAAAGGUUUUGGGAAGCUUGAUGCGUUCUAAGAACAGUAGUAAGGAAUGGUUGUCAAUUUUGGAAAGUAAAAUAUGGCAAGUAUCAUCAGACAAAGAGGAUAGCAGGAUCAUGUCGGUUCUGAGGUUGAGUUUUGACUUUCUGGAAUCACCAUUGAAACAAUGUUUUUCAUAUUGCUCCAUGCUCAAGAAAGGUUCCUCAAUUAAAAGAGAUAACUUGAUCCAACUAUGGAUGGCUCAAGGUUUUCUCUAUCCUUCUCAUGAUCACCAGAGCAAGCAAGCGAUUGAAAUGGAGGAUAUAGGCAAUAAGUAUUUUGAUACUCUACUGGAGAACUCCUUGUUUCAAGAUGCUACAAAGGAUGAGGAUGGCGUUAUCAGUCAAUGCAAGAUGCACGAUCUUUUGCAUGAUUGUGCGGUAGAAGUAUCCGUGUGUGAGAGUUGGACACCAGACUUCGGUAAUGAGAUGGAUGAUGGUGUGAUUCGACAUGUCGCACGGAUUCCUACUCAAAAGCUAGAAAGUAUGCCAAAAACAAGUAUUUCAAGACUGCGAUCACUCUUUUCAAAUGGCCCCGUCUCUAAUACCAUUUUCCAAAAGCUUACGAGUUUACGUGUCUUAAGUUUCUCUUGGCAAGCUGAAGCACUUGAGGAGUUGCCGUAUUCACUUGGCAAGCUGAAGCACUUGAGGUAUCUAGAUCUUUCACGUACAAAAAUUGAAGCACUCCCAAAGUCUAUUGGCAAGCUCUACAACCUCCAAACAUUGAGAUUACCGAUUUAUUUCGGAAAGUGUCCAAAGAUGAUUCAAAAUUUGAUCAACUUGAGGCAUUUUUACUUUGGUGAGGGAAUGAAAUUUGAGGCUGGGAUUUUGGGGCGAUUAACUAAUCUCCGAACAUUGCGCGACUUUAAUGUGGAUGAGGAGAGCGGUCGUGCAAUUAAGGAGUUGGGUGGGUUGAACCAAUUGAGAGGCCACUUAAAUAUUCGGAAUCUAGAACAUGUAAGGGACGGAGAAGAAGCAAAGAAGGCUUUCUUAGUGGAGAAAAGUCACUUAAGUGAGUUGACUUUUGACUGGUCACUCAGGCCAACUAAUAACAAUGAGACGGAUGUACUGGAUGGCUUGGAACCUCAUGGUAACUUGCAAAGCUUGAAGAUUCACAAUUUCAUGGGUGCUAGAUUUCCGUCAUGGAUAACGAGUCUGCAAAAUUUGAACAAGAUUCGGUUAUGGAGAUGCGACAAUUUUGAAGGAGUCCCAACACUCGGUCACCUGCCUAAUCUAAGAUCUCUUGAGAUUGUUGAGAUGUACAAGCUGAAACGUGUGGGAGCUGAGGUUUAUGGUGAUAGUGAUAAUAGCACAACUUUAUUUCCAGCUCUGAAAACACUAUCCAUCUCUCGGUGCCAACAGCUCAUUGAAUGGAUAGAAGCGCCGAGGAUAUCAGCUGAAGGAGAAAUCGUGGUAUUUCCUUGCCUCGACCGGUUGAGGAUAGAUGGUUGUGACAGCCUAGAGUCGAUUCGGAUCACACAGGGCAACGCAUCUCUCCGUGAAUUGAAGAUUUGCGAUUGUUGGAGAUUAUCAAGCCUAGAGGUUGGGCUCGAAUACUGCACCUCUCUUCAGGAGUUGGAGAUACGUGUUUGCCCUGUUCUGGUUUCAAUUCCAAUCCCACAGGGCAUGCCGUCUCUCCGGAAAUUGACGAUUGAAUGGUGUGGGGAAAUAUCAAGCCUAGGAAGUGGGCUCAACUACUGCACCUCUCUUCAGGAAUUGGAGAUAAAGAAUUGUGACAAUCUAACAUCAAUUCCAAUCACACAGGGCAUGCCAUCUCUCCAGAUAUUGAGGAUCUGCUUGUGUGCGGGAUUAUCAAGCCUAGGAGGUGGGCUCAACUACUGCACCUCUCUUCAGGAAUUGGAGAUUGGGUAUUGUCAAAAUCUAACAUCAAUUCCAAUCACACAGGGCAUCACAUCUCUCCGAGAAUUGAAGAUUGAUAGUUGUUGGAGAUUAUUAGGCCUACCGAGUGGGCUCCGAUUCUGCACCUCUCUUGAGGAUCUGGAAAUAACUCAUUGCUCUAGUCUAGUAUCCAUGUCAGUAUCAUAUGUGAAGUGCGACCACCCGGACUCAACGAAUGAACCGGAGGAAGUCUCUACGGGUGUCGUUGAGUAUUUGUCUAUACAGGAGGAUUGUCGUAAUCUAGAAUCUAUUCCACCAAAUCUCCGUCAGUUGUUGAUAUGUCAUUGUGGGAAAUUAAAAUAUGUGCCCACAGGAUUUCACCACCUCACUCGUUUGAAGACGCUCCGAAUAGGUCCCUUCUGGCAUAAGCUGGACGCCUUCCCUGAUUUUCAGCUUGCACCUAAUUCACAACUUGAAGAGUUAUGGUUGUUUGGGUGGCCUAAGCUCAAGUCUCUGCCCCAACAAAUUCAGCACUCUACUUGUUUAAAAGAACUCUGGAUACAAGAUUUUGGGGGACUAGAGGCUCUUCCUGAGUGGUUGGGAAAUCUUACAUCUCUUGAGUCUCUGAGGAUCUGGUCCUGUAAGAAUCUCAAGUAUCUGCCUACACAAAAUGCUAUGAAAAACCUCACCAAAUUGAAGUACCUCUACAUUGGCGGAUGUCCCCUGCUCAAAGAAGGAUGCACCAAGGAGACUGGCCCAGAAUGGCCCAAGAUUUCUCACAUUCCAAAAGUUAUCUUCUGAUGAAGCUGAACUAGAAUGUCUGUUCGCGUUACAAGGUUAAUCAAUUCCCAAUUGCCAUAAAUUUAUCCCUAAAGCAGGCUGGCUCUAUCCCAUGUACGGCUUGUCUGCUGCGUUUCAUUGAAGGUGUUAAUCAGCAUCAGCUAUGAGAAUGACAAAUUGAGAAGUAUCCACCUAAAGUGGAAGCUAUGCAAACAAAAGAUGAGGACAGCUGACAUGAGUGGCUGACUUCUAAUAUUCCAAAGGUAGAUUGUAUGCAUUGAAGGUAUGAGAGACCUCCUUAAACUAGCACAGUGGGAUAUUCAUGGGGUUCAAGUUCCAGGGGAGACAUGUACAUUGAGUGUUUGAAAUUUCAGUUGUGCAUGAUUACUUCCGUUGCUGUUCUAAGUUAAACCAGUUCUUAAAAUCAUUGCCGCUCCAUCCUUCUCAAACAGAAGAACUGCUCAACUGAACCAGGUGUGAACUAAGUUCAGAUUGUCCCAAGGAUUAAGGAAUUGGAGCACCCAAAUUCCUGAUCUCAGGUGGCUGCUGUUUGUUUGGGUCUCACAAAGGCUGGUAACUUUGCCCUAUAUUGAGAACAAACUCCAUCUGCAUCUUGGAUAAGCCACUUAGUCAAGCACGCAUGGUUGCUAGGAAACAAGCCUUCUAUUAUCUGCGAGCUGUCAGAUUUCACAUUUUUGUGCUCUUUUGGUGUUUCUAUAAAAGCUUAACGAAUGGAACAACAAACAUGUCCUGGAGGACCUGGACAAUUUGGUACCGUGGGGCUUGUUAUGAGUUACUCAUAUGUGGUUGUGGAGCUUAUUGUGAGCUUCUCGGCACUUAUACUUUCAAGUAUCAAGCCAUAUUUCUGAGAUUUGAGCAAUUAUCUUUGCCUAGGUAAAAAUGGCAUCAGUUGUGGUUGUCUAAAAUAUUCUUAUGUUCUUUGAAUGUUAGUCUCUGAAUUGGUUGAUAAUCUUCAUGGAGAGAACUGAGAGAUCAAUUGUUUUGUGAGCUUUGGGUGUAAUUGGGGUUCUCUGUUGAGAAGGGUUGUGAGAAUGUAUGAGAUUACCUAACAAAUAACAUUUUAUUUUGACAUUAGUGGAUUAUUGCCGUGGACAAAGGGUGAACCACGUUAAAACUUUGCUCUUUGUUGAUUGUGGUGUUCUUUAUGAUUCUAGAUUUUUCUCUUAAUAAAAUGGGUGUGAUCUUCGGCUAGGAAUACGAAUUGGAGAAAUUCCAAGCAUGUAACAAAGGGAUACAAGUAUACAACUAAUCUUCCCUCUUUUGAUUUCA